CUAAUUUAGCGCGCCCAGUUUUCUUAUUCGGGGCUUUAGGAUUGCCCCACUCAUUUUAACCCGACACUCUCUAAAUCGAGCCUGUCUGUAGAGCCAAGCCAAAAUCCCCGAACCCCGAACCACAUAGUAGUACAUGUCCAAUCCGGCGGGCGCAACGGUCUGCGCGAAUACACGACACUCCGCGACACAGCCUCGCGCAUGGGAGAAGGAAGAGCCUCUCUGAUCAAUGGCCCCACCAUCGGCUCUACAGCAGUCAGCAGUCUCCUCCGACAUCGAGAGCUCGCUGCCUCCCCUCGUCCGCUCCUCGACUGUGCCCGCGAGCCUCCAGUUCCACCACCGUGCCGACCCAUCACACCUGGCUCCAGAGGACGCCUUCAACGCCGCCUCGCCCCCGCGCCGGCCCUCCGCCUUUGACACCGCCGGCAAUGCGUCGGGGAACGAGCUGCGACCGGGUAGGCUCCGUCGCAAAACCGGGAGUCGGAGCCGGAGCAGGCGGCGCAAACGUUUCCAGAAGCUGCUCUGGGUGAAGCAGUCGUAUCCCGAUAACUACACGGACCAAGCCACUUUCCUCGAAAACCUCCAGCGAAAUCCUCGAUUACAGCCCUACGACUUCUGGCCCCUGGUCGCCGACUCCACCGUCAUCGUGCAGCACGUCUGCUCCGUCAUCAUCUUUGUGGUCUGCUUCGUCGGCAUCUUCCAGGAGCGCGUGAGCCCCGUCUCCGUCGUCGGCUGGGGAAGCUUCGCCACCUUUAUCGGCUGGCUGCUCUGGGACUGGUGGGUCGGGCAAGGAGCCGAGGACGGCAAUGUCGAUGGCCUCGCUAAGACCAGGAGUAUCGGCGCCGGCAGGAACCACAGCGACUUCCACCCCUCCCGUCGACAAGAUACUGGUCUGGGGGCUUCGAGCCAGCACCUGAAUAUGAGCACGCCGAGUUUCCAGAGCGUCUCCAACUUCACAUCGGCGGCGAGCUCUACCUCCAACCUGGCGCUCACACCAGGACUAUCACACGAUAACAACAGCAACAACAACAACUAUUCUCCCCGGAGACCAUCAUCGGGCGGUCAAAGCCUCUCCAACAGCAGCAAUCUGUUGCCGGCGAGGCACGCCCAUUCCGCCUCUGCCAGCUCUCUCCAAUCCGCCAUGUCACAGAUGAGCAACUCCCCGGCCCGAGGCGGCGCCGCCUCCGGUGCGGACACCCUUGCGGGGCAGCACACGCGCCGCCCGGCCUCCGCCUCGCUCGGCGGCGGCGGCCGCACGCACCUGCGGCUGAGCACCAUCAAGUCCGCCGUGCUGAUCUACUUCACGCUCCUGGCGCUCUCGCCGAUCCUCAAGUCGCUGACCCGGUCGACCUCCUCGGACAGCAUCUGGGCCAUGUCCUUCUGGCUGCUGACCAUCAACAUCUUCUUCUUCGACUACUCGGGCGCCUGGGCCGGGGUGUACAAGUUCCCCGUCGCGUCGCUGUCCACCAACGCCGCCCUCAUGGCCUCCACCGUGCUCGCCAGCCGCCUGCCCUCGACGGGCCAGGUGUUCAGCCUGACCAUGUUCAGCAUCGAGGUGUUUGGCCUGUUCCCCGUCUUCCGCCGCUACGCCCGCCACCGGAGCUGGAGGUACCACGUCGUCCUCACCGUCCUCCUGGUCCUGGGCGCCGGCGGCGGGGUUGGCAUGAUCCUCGGCGGCGACGAGAAUGCCUGGCCCUGGCGCAGUGGGCUGCUGGGCAUGGUCGUUGGAUGCCUCAUCGCCGCCGUCGCCAUGGGGGGUUGCAGCUGGUGGCUUAUCGGCCUGCAGAAGUACAAGAACGAGAUAUACGGGCCGUGGGACCCGGCGCGGCCCAUUAUUAUCAGUAGGAGGCACUGGGACGACGACUGAUUUAUGCUGAUUUAUGUGGCUGGUUAAUGAGGAUGCCCAGCCGUUGUAUAUAUAACUAAAGAAUUCAAGUCCUUAUUCGGAACCCGGCUCUGUCUCUGGCGUCCUUCACACCGUCACCGAGCGCCAGUAGUUUGGUGGUACUGCGCUCAACAUAAUGGUGGUUCAAGAGCGGUUCCAUUGUGGCGACGAGGCAAGGGCCUUUUUGGGGAUGGCUUCUUUGCUGGCUGUUCCCGGAUCUGUUGCUAUCAUAAGAUCC